AUCAUCCAAGUUAGGUAUAUCCCUCUUGUUGUGUAUCUGCAUUUCUUCCCUAGUGAUACUAGACACAUCUUGUUUUAAGCAUAUCUUAUCAGCAAGAACCAAACAAUCCAUGCAUAAUGGAAUUAUUUCUUGUUAGAAUACAUCCAUGAAGGAUUCAGUUAUUGGCUAGUGGAAAAAGCACAUGAUUUUGUUUUGACCGUCAGUUUGCCAUUUUGACAAGGACAUUUUACUUUAAAUAUUGUCUGCAGAACCCGCCUUUUCCCCGACUUAAGUACCUAUCAUCAAGAUUUUUUCUGCAUUGCAUUCUUUUCAAACUUUAUAAAAAACACAUCAAUUGCAAUUGCCUUUUACAUGCCACUUUGGUAUAAAGAUGUGUUCACUCAUCAAUCACUACUGCAUAUUACUAUAAUCUCCUCUAUACUUCCAUGCAGAUUGCUUCUCAUACCUAUCUCAAACUCACUACUUUGCAGAGAAGCAUAGAGCUUUUUUUUCCCCCAAAAUUAUUCCAUCAUUUUAACUUACUGUCAGGUUCAGUAUGAGUCCGAACUCUGAACUCUGAAGAAAGUAUCAUCUUCAGAUUCUUCAGUAUGAGUCUGAACUCUGAACUCUGAAGAAAGUAUCAUCUUCAGAUUCUUCAGUAUGAGUCCGAACUCUGAAGAAGGUAUCAUCUCCCAAACAAUCUCAAGCUCAAGCUCAAGCUCAUGCCACUACCAGUGCAUUGCCACGCUCAGUGGCAACUCCUCCUACGUCUCCGGCCUCGCCGUCGACGGCGACUCGCUCUACGUCGCCUCGUCGGACGGCCACAUCAGGCUGUGGCCGCUGGACAUGGCCAUGGCCAUGGUGCGAGAGGAGUCGACGUCGUCGUCGUCGCAGGGCGAGGUGUCCAGAUCCACCGUCGCCGUCACCGGUAGCCCGGUGAAGUGCCUCGCCGCCACCGGCGAUGGGCUUGUCAGCUCGCACCAGGACGGCACGAUAAGGGUGUGGCGGCACGCCGGCGGCCGCCGCCGCCUCGCGCUGCGCGCCGUGCUGCCGACGGCGGCGGACUGCCUCCGCGCGCUCCUGCUCCCGGGCGGCGGCUACGUCGAGGUGCGGCGGCACAAGAGGCGGGCGUGGGUGCACCACGUCGACGCGGUCACCGCGCUCGCGCUGUCCCCGGACGGCGAGAGCAUGUACUCCGUGUCGUGGGACCGGAGCCUCAAGGCGUGGCGUCUGCCCGGACUCCGGUGCGCGGAGUCCGUGGCGGCGGCGCACGACGACGCCAUCAACGCCGUCGUCGCCGCGCCCGACGGGCACGUGUACACGGCGUCGGCGGACGGGACGGUCAAGGCGUGGAGGCGCCGCACGGGGCAGAAGAAGCUCUCGCUGGUCUGCGUCAUGGAGCGCCACGGCGCCGCGGUGAACGCGCUGGCGCUCGGCGGCGGCGGGCGGGUGCUCUACUCCGGCGCGUGCGACCGGUCCGUCGUCGCGUGGGAGAACUCCGCCGGCGCCGGCGCCGGUGGCGCGGACGUGCGCAUGGUGGCUACCGCCACGCUCAGGGGCCACGCGAGGGCGGUGCUGUGCCUCGCCGCCGACGGCGACGUGGUGUGCAGCGGGUCGGCGGACAGGACGGUGAGGGUGUGGAGGCGGGGAGCGACGGCGGCGUACACCUGCUUGGCCGUGCUCGACGGCCAUGGCGGCGCCGUGAAGAGCUUGGCAUUGGCGAGGGGAGGAGCAGGAUGCGAUCGCUGCUGCGCGUGCCACGUGGAGGAGAGCUCGAGCUGCAGCUGCGCUGCUCUCGUUUGCAGUGGCUCGUUGGACUGUGACGUCAAGCUUUGGAGAGUGACGGUUUCCGGUUUGUGAUUUAUUUUUUACUUUUUAUUUUUGGUAAAGAGUCUGUUUGUGAAAUUAGGAGUUUUGGUUUUGUAACUGAAGAAAGUUUGGAGGAAUUUUGUGGGAAUUUAAUGAAUUCAUGUGAAAACCCUGCUUUUCAAAAGCUCUCAACUGUACGGAAUAAAAAAUGAGUAGUGCUAUAUGACACAAUUAUAUAACUAAUGUAUAACUAGAGACAUGUAACUGUAGAUCAAUCAAAUGAGAGCAUAUUCA